AUGCCUGUCCUGUCUGGCACACCUUGUUACCAAAGUGUUUGGGGGAUAAAAUUGAAAAAGUUCAAAAAAGAGCUUUCCGUAUUAUUUAUCCGACAACAGAUUACGAAGAUGCUCUCAACAUCGCUAAAUGCAAGCGCCUUGUCGACAGACGUCAAGAGCUAUGUGCUAAAACAUUAA